AUGGGUUUUGCCGCCCUGGCAAGCCCUGUUGCACAGUUGGAUAAUGGUGGAUGGAAAGGGAAUAUCGAAAGCCGUAACGUGGCUGCCACAGAUGUUGCAGCUGGUACGGACGACGGCGGCCCUGGUUGGGAUGGUGGAAAGGGUGGUCAUGGAGGUGGUGGAGGCUAUGGAGGUGGAUGGGAUGGUGGUCAUGGAGGUGGUGGAGGCUAUGGAGGUGGAUGGGAUGGUGGUCAUGGAGGUGGUGGAGGCUAUGGAGGUGGAUGGGAUGGUGGUCAUGGAGGUGGUGGAGGUGGAUGGGAUGGUGGGAAAGGUGGUGGUGGAGGCUAUGGAGGUGGAUGGGAUGGUGGAAAGGGUGGUCAUGGAGGUGGAUGGUAA